AUGGCUGGGGAGGAUGGCCGUGAGCGCAGCCGAUCGCCUUCGUCGCGGUGCGCCUUUUGGCAAGCGCAGCUGGAGGCCAUCUACACGCGCCGGAACCCAGCGAAGCUGGUCACCAUCCCGGAGCUUUUGAAGAAGUUCGACGGGCAGGAGGCCGUUCUGUACACGAAAGUUUGUCACAAGUAUGACCUCAACCCAACGAAGUUCCACACCGAGCCAGAUGCUUGGCUCGAGUAUGACUUGACCGUCAACCACGGUCCGUCGGCGGCUGCCCGUUCCCCGCCCUUGAACGCUGCGCCAUUGGAUGUCACCGUGGUCACGCCUGCAGGUGCCACUGCGGAAAUCACCGGUCUACUGGCCACACAGACUGCUCCAGACCAAGCUUUACGGGAUCAGCUCUGGUAG